AUGCGGCGGAAGUCUUACACGCAGCCGGCGACGUCGUUCUCCGUAGAGGACACGCUGCUGUUGGCGUCGAGCGGUCUAACGGCCUCAGCUAGCGGGACGUCGCCGGCGCCGGCGACCCCCCAGCGCCGGUGGGAAGCUUCUCCGUCGACGCCCCGUAACUGGCCGACCAUGACUUCUUCCGCGAGCAAUACUCCUAGCAGCCGCCACCGCCGUAUCCGCCAGUGGGACUCCACGCAGCUGCGCGGGGUGGUGGGGGCGGGUGGGCCGGCCGCGGGGAAAAGAUACGGAGGUGAACCCGGCAGGAGUCAGUCGUGGGGGGAACGAAAGGAGACUGAGGCGGAGGAAGAGAGACAUGGCGGCGGCGUCAGCGGCUUCGGCGGCUGGAGCGGCAGGGUGCCGGGGGAGGGUGCCGCGGCUCGAGUUUACGUCGGAGCGAAACUGGAGCAGCCGCUGGGUGUAGGCGUGCGGAGGGCCGGGGGGGGAAGGGGCAGGGCGAGUGCUCCCUUGACGGAGUCAAGCCCGAGCAGUGGUGUAGUCUUGAGGAGGUCGUGGGAAGAGAGGAAGUUUUCGACGAAGGACGAGGAUGAGGAGGAGGAGGAGGAGGGGAAACGUCGCACCAGUCGGGAGAAAGACGAAGGCGUCGCUCGACCACGGGGCGUCGCCAGCUUUGGCGUCGGAGUUAGUACCGAAGGAGAGCCGCCGCCGCCGCCGCCGGAUGGCGGCAGCCCGCCCUCGACGCCGCUGUCGGCGAAGCCGCCGGGGUGCGAUUGGGACUCACCGGUCCCCGCCGCCGGUGGCCUGGACGGCCGCCGUUCGAGGGCCACGCGCGCCGAGGAGGAGGACAGGUGGCUGGAAGACUUCUUGGAGAAGAGCCCGCCCUCCGAGCCCGGGAGCCACAAGACGUGCUCCACCCAGUGGUCGGAGAUGGAGUCGCAGUCGCAAGGGUCCGGGAACUCGUACGCCGGGAGCACGACCAGCAGCAGCGCGAUGAGCGCACAUCCCGCGGGAAGACGGUCGGUCCACACGUGGUCAUCGACGACGAGCCCGCGUCCCCACGCGCCCACAAUCGCCGAGGCGAAACGCCAUCCACCCGCCUCCUCGUCGCCGUCGCUGGCGGUAGUGGUGUCUACGGGCGGGCCCAAGAGCCGUCCGGAACCUUGGAAACCCCGGGAGGAUGUAUCGGGGGGGGAUACUCCUAGCCUACUGACCCCGGGAGCCUUGACUCCGGGUGCCCUGCGCGCCAGGUCAGAGUCCGCCCCGAUGAUAUGGGACUGAGUGGGCGACAAGGAAGGCAAUGGUUUUUCGUUGCGUGGGGGGGUUGCGGGGAGGGGGCAGGUUUUGCUCCACCGUGGAUGUUCUCUCGAGAAGAACCGGGAGAGGAGGUGGAGGGCUAGAGCGGUGAUAUUUUUCUGAGCGUGUUUUGUUUUUCCUCGCUCUCUCUGUCAAGGAGGAGAAGA